CACAAGCCGGAAGUAGAUUAGUGUGGGGUGGGAUCAGGGUGCUGCAAGAGUUUUGACACAUUCCUGCAGGCCUUUCUGUGAAUAUUUCUGCUUUUACGUCAAAUUCUACUUACAGGUAGCCGUCAUGAGUCUUCAAUGGACGGCCGUGGCAACGUUUCUGUAUGCUGAGGUGUUUGCCGUACUACUUCUAUGUGUCCCCUUCAUCUCCCCAAAACGAUGGAGCAAAUUUUUCAAGUCUAGACUGGUCACUGUCAUCACGACGUAUGGAAACACUGCCUUCAUCGUCAUCAUUUGUAUUCUUGUCUUUCUGCUCGUAGAUGCAUUUAGAGAAAUAAGAAAAUAUAGUUUGACAGAGAAAGUGGAUCUGAGCAACAACCCCGUGGCCGUUGAGCACAUCCACAUGAAGCUCUUCAGAGCCCAGAGGAACGAAUACAUUGCCGGCUUCGCUCUGCUCCUGUGUUUACUAACUGUUUUUCAUCAGAAACUGCGGGAAGCGGGUGUUGAAGUGCCUGAGGUGGGUGGGAAGACCAAGGGUGGCGUGGAGGAGGAUAAGAAAAAUCUGACAGAAGAGGUCAGGAAACUGAAGGAUGAACUCGACGCAACUAAGAAAGCUCUUCAGAAGUCAGACAGCGAUGUGAAGGCCAUGAAGAAGCAGGCUGAGAACCUCACAGUGGAGUACGACCGUCUGCUGGAGGAACACGGCAGACUGCAGGCCAAAUGUGACGCUCAACAGGACAAGAAGUCAGACUGAACGAAAACCAUCAUGCACCUGCUCUCUUUCCUGCAUCCUCAUUGGCUGAUAGCAGCUCAGCUGGGCAGCUCAUCACUUCUCUGGCUGUGGAAGAACAGGGUUCCGUUCUUCAUUCAUGCGCUUUCACGCGAUUCAUUAAAGCCUCUGUAGGGUUUUCACACACUGUAAAAAAAAAUUUCUUUCCAUUUUUGUUGAGAACAUUUGGUGUUUAAAUUUUGGUGUUAUAAAGUGUUUUGGUUAUAAAAUAUCAGAAUGAGUAUUAACAUUUCUUGAUGUGUCAACAGAAGGAGAGUGAAUUUCUGUGGACAAAUCAUUCUUACUUAAAGGAGUAGUUCACCCAAAAAUGAAAAUUUGAUGAAAAUUGACUCAUUAUCAGGCUAUCCAAGACUAAUUUGUUUCUUCAUCAGAACAUAUUUGAAGUAAGCUUGAUAUUAAAAACGCAUCACACAUCUUGCAAACAAGCAUUACAUGUCACAAGAUGUUAACUGAUGGACUGGAGUGGUGUGGAUUACUUGUGGUUUAUUGUGAUGUUUUUA